ACACACACUCGGAGGGUUCCGUCGUCGUCGUCGUCGUCGUCGAGGGUUGUGCGAUCCAAGCUGCGCCAAGGCGUUCAGGCGCCAACCGUUUCCAUCCCUUUCGUUUUGGUACGUACCGCGCGGUGUACCGAUGCAGAUGCUGCUGCUGAUCCGGCCGGAGCUGAGGAAAUCCGAACGUUGUGGCAACGAUCAGUGGUUUGUGGCUGGUAGCGUUUGAGACAGUGGCGCACGUCGUCAAGCACCGCUCUCUCUCUCUCUCUCUCUGUUUCUCUCUCUGUCUGUCUGUGUCCGCCCCACACGUCUGCUUAGUGGUCGAUCGCCGUCUUAGUCGUGUGUGAUUAGUGUGUUCCGAUUGCACACGAUCGACGAAGCAGUUCGAAGCAGUUGUAAUCGCACCGUGGACACGGCGCGUGUGGUGUCGAAGCGUUUCGCCAGUGAUCGGGUGCCAGAGAGCUGCCAGAGCAAGGGAAGUGUUCUAUCCUGGUGAGUGAGUGCUGGUACCGUUCAGUUGCUUCGACGCUCUCGAUCGUGCUGCGGAUCGCUUUCAUCUGCUUUGCUGCCGUUGCACCGAUUUCGCGAGUUGCGCAAAACCGAGAAAACUCAUUUCUUCACGCCUCACCAUCGGCCUCAACACACAAGAGGCCUGAAAAUGAAGAAUCUUCGUCUGUGUUGGUUAGUGGUGGCGCUGGUGGCACUCAAGACAUCCAGAGCAGUAGAUCUGCCCGAGUACCUGCAUGUCUGCCACCGGGAGGACCCAAAGCUAACGGAGUGCAUGAAGGAGUCGAUCGAAACCCUGCGACCGUAUCUGGCCCGGGGCAUCCCCGAGCUGGACAUUCCUUCGAUCGAUCCCAUCCUUCUGGGCGAUUUGAUCGUGGCCGAGAGUGUGCCGGGCCAGGGAGUGAGCAUUUCCGCCAAGGACAUCAAGGCUUACGGACCGUCCAACUUUAAGCUGAAGAAGCUAACGGUGGUGGAGUACGGCAAGAUCUACUCGUUCGAGCUGGAACUCCCGCACCUGUACGUUGAGGGUCGGUACAUCGUCGAUGGACGAAUUCUGCUGCUGCCCGUUAAGGGAUCGGGCAAAUUUACCGGAAACUUCACGCAAGGCAUUGGCAGCGUUCGGAUCAAGGGCGAUCGGAAGCGCAUCAACGGCAAGGAUCAUCUGUCGCUCGCGAAGCUGGACAUUAAGAUCAAGGUAUCCGAUGGACGCAUCAAGCUUGAGAACCUCUUCGGGGGUGACCGAGUGCUCGGUGAAAUCAUUAACGAGACCAUCAAUCAGAACUUCAACCUGCUGAGCACCGAGCUGAUUCCGUUGAUUGAAAAGGCCCUGCAGAGGAUAUUCAAGCGGACGGGCAACAAAAUCCUGGAGCGCUUCCCGGAGGAAGUUCUCUUCCCUUCUGCUCGAACCACGGAGCUGCAACGUGUGCAACGGAUAGUGCUAGUGCUUCGGUCUCGUACCUUCACAAUGGCAGCGCGUUCUGCGAAUGGGCGGCAAGGUUCUAGCCGAGGACACCCGGUCCAAAGGGUGCCCACAGUGACACGGUUUCGCAGAUCGCGCUCAAUUGUUGGCACCGCGACGGUGACGGUGCUCGUGGCGAUCUGUUUGCUCCUCGGCUCGGCGGCUCCUCGGCUGGCGGAGGCAAAAGAAAUCGCUAUCCGCAACAAGGAUGCACCGCAGUACAAAGAAAAGCCUGAGUGGCUGCGAGAGUGUCGCCGACAGAACCCCAACGAGGACGAUUGCUUCAAGAGAAUGUUUGAAGGAACAUUCCCCUACAUAGCCAAAGGCAUUCCGGAAAUCGGUGUCCAACCGUUCGAUCCGCUGCGUAUCGAAUCGAUCCAGGUGUCGCGUGGAUCCGGCGGGCUGACGCUAAGCGGUGGCUUCAAAAAGCUCAGCAUUAAGGGACCCUCGAACACCACCGUGCGCCGCGCUUCACUCGACUUCGACAAGAAGGUGCUCAGCUUCGACCUGGAAAUCCCCAAGCUGCGGAUCGAUGCCGUGUACAAUCUGAAGGGAAACGUCCUGCUUCUGCCGCUGGUCGGCGACGGGGACGUGACGAUGACACUGAAGAACGUCAAGACUGCGGUCGUCACCAAGUUCUCCGUUCGACCGCUGCCCGAGGAUGCCAUUUUUAUCGACGAAAUGAAAGUGACCUUCCUCGUCGGUGGAAUGCGCAUUCAUCUGGAUAACCUGUUCCAAGGGAAUCAAGUGCUGGGCGCCUCACUCAACCUGUUCCUGAACCAGAACGCCAACGAAGUCAUCGCCGAGCUGCGGUCGGACCUCGAGUACGGGCUGGCCGAUAUCUUCACAGGGCUGUGGAACGAGCUCUUUAACAAGCUUCCACUGAAGCUGUGGCUCUCCUGAAGAGGAAAGGGCUGCCAGAGAGUUUGCGCGACGUUCGGCCGGGCGCAAGGACGCAUUGUAAAUAGUAACUGUUAAUCGGGUCGCCAAGAUGUCGCUCCGUGAAGGUGGCCAAGAUGUGUGUGGAGUAGGAAGUGUUGGAUACGUUCAAAGAUAGUGAUUUUAGGAAAUAAUUUGCUCAUGACAAGAAAAAACAUAGGAUUAAACUGAUGUACAUACGA